CAUAGGGGGCUGUGCCAUUUGCAGGCUCAGUGCCUGGAUUUGUGAUAUGCACACACAACUUAGUUUAAUAACAAACCAAAUCCCACCUUUCGACGCCGCGCUGUAGUUUCGGAUUCUUACACAUUCAAUGCGCUUCUCACUAAAUGCUUCGCUCUGGGCUUUAAAUAUCUUUCUACUCUAGUUCUUCUCUGUCCGAAAGCUACGGGCUAUGCCGAGAGGCGGAGGCGUUUCUCAUUCCACCCAAAGCUUCCCCAAGUUGGGACCCCACUGACGCGCUAUGACAUGAAGAAGGAACACACUUGUGGACAUUGCUGAAGUUCCCAUAGGCCUUUACCAUACUGCAUUUUUCUGCGAAGCUGAACUAGCCAUUUUCCUUAAAGCAACACAGUGGGCUGGCCUGCUGCUAGACUUUCUUCCUCCAGCUGUUAAAAACCGCUGCCAUCAUGCAGACCUCAUCAAUUCGCCGCCAAGUGAAAAACAUGGUCAACAACUACACGGAGGCUGAGAUAAAGGUUAGAGAGGCCACCUCCAAUGACCCCUGGGGACCUUCCAGCUCGCUCAUGGCUGAAAUUGCAGAUCUGACCUUCAAUGUUGUGGCUUUCACCGAGGUUAUGGGUAUGAUCUGGAAGAGGCUCAAUGAUCACGGCAAAAAUUGGCGACAUGUUUACAAGGCACUCACCCUGCUGGACUAUUUAAUCAAAACAGGCUCUGAGCGCGUAGCCAGGGAUUGCCGGGACAACAUAUACAGCAUUCAGACACUGAGAGACUUUCAAUACUUAGAUCGAGAUGGACGUGACCAGGGUGUCAAUGUCAGAGAAAAGUCUAAACAGUUGGUGGCUCUGUUGAGAGAUGAAGAAAAGUUGAAGAAGGAGAGAACCCAGGCAAUGAAGACCAAAACACGCAUGGCAGGGGUCACCAGUAGCUUAGGCUCUAGUUCCAUGCCUCCUCCAUACCCAGGAUACCCCAGUGAUGAUGUCGGCAGGUGCAGAAGCUCUCCAUCCUCCUUCCGCUCCUCCUCUUCCUCUCCUCGACUAGCUCCAGACUUGGAACAAGCACGACCAGCAACCAGUGGCGAAGAGGAGCUACAGCUGCAGCUGGCCUUGGCUAUGAGCCGAGAAGAAAGUGAAAAGCCACCUCCGCGAGUGGAUAUCGAUGAACAGACCCAGCUCCAGAUCGCUAUGAGCCUCAGCAAAGAGGAGGUCCACAAGCCAGCCCAACGUGCACCUGCUCCCGCCCUGGAUAUGGAUGAGGAAAGUCAGCUCCAGUUGGCCCUGAGCCUGAGCAAGGAGGAGCACCAGCAGGAGCAGCUCAGCCGCCAAGGAGAUGAGACCCAGCUCCAGAAAGCUCUGGAGGAGAGCAAACGUGAAAUGGAGAAUAAAGGCGGGACUUCCUUUAUGGACCUGGUAGAUGUUUUUGCAGUACCCACAGAUCUGCCUCCCAGUGACCAUCGGUGGAAUAGGGCCCCACACCGUGCAGCUGCUGGUGCUGGGGCCGCAGACACCUGGGACUCCCUGGAAGGCCACGGCAACAUCCCAAGAGCAGAUUCUCCCUGGAUGGUACCUCCACCUUCACGCAGCCCUCCCCCACCAUGGGAACCUCCAGCCAACCCCUGGGAUGCACCACAAAACAAUGUCUCCAACCUCAAUCCUGCAGGCCGAGUAUGGGCUUUGCCUGUGAAUACAGGUGUUGAUCCAUUUGCUGCGCCAUCAGAAAGAACAGCAUUUAAGGGAGCUGUUAAGGAACCUUCUCCCCGAAUUGGUAGUCCCUCAGAUGGUGACCCGUUUGAUGACGCUAUGGAUGGUGGUCAGGUAAAUGGGGCUAGUGGGCGAGAGGGCAGUCCUGAGCUCUUUGACCUUUCCCGCCUUCGAGAAAGCCUGAAUGACCCCAGGCCUCGAACAUGCCGGACACCUGAGUCCUUCCUGGACCCCUCAGCAGCUUCCUUGGUGAACUUGGACAGCUUGAUCCCAGCAAACCCCUCAGCUAAGACUAAGAACCCCUUUUUAUCAGGCCUAAGUGCUCCUUCACCCACCAAUCCAUUCCAAGCAGAUCAGCCAAAACUAAGUCUCAAUCAAAUGGGCUCCAGCUCCACCUUGGCGGCCCCUCAUGCCACUUCUCUUCCAUACAGUGCCUCCUUGCCCUUGCCUACGAGUCAUCAGGGUGCCAGCAUCCCUUUGUCACAUACUCACCCCACCCAGCCUGGACUGGACCUGCCAGUGAGCCUCCCUGAGCCUUUAUUGCCCUUCUCUUCAGCCAGUGCUCAGGGAUCACAGGCCGCACAGGGCAGUCAGAACCCCUUCUUAUGAGGACAAACUAAACUGGAGAAAGUAUUUUAGAAAAAUGGGAAUUCAUUAAGCUCUUGAAACAUUGCUCUAACUGCACACCAAACUACAGCUGAAUGGACUUGUUUUUAUAUUCUUGUAUAGUACAAUAACCCUUAGAUACAAAUUGGAUCUGCUCUUCACCGCAGCAACAUAUCCUGCUCUUCUUUUAUUGAAUGCAGUAACAGACUACAACAGAUAACACUUUUUUUUUUUUAAUCAACCUAUUAGUGUCAAGUAAAAUUUCAAGGUCAUAUCCUGUUGCUAACUGACUACAAAGUACAAACAAGCAGUCUGAUAAUGUUUUGCUGUCAAUUAACUAAGCUGUAAGUAGUGGGAAGAUGUCUGAUGGGUUUAGGUGGUCACUGCAUACAUACUCCAACUCCUGUGAAGACAGAUCCACCUGUCCAGUGCCUGCAAUGACGCAUCAAUACUGGUAUAUGGAUGUUAUGCUGGAACAGAGCUAGUGUGGAAAAAUAAUCAGUGUAUACAUUCUACUAUUAUAAAAUUAAGUGCUGAAUGAAAUAAUAGUUUGGGAGGACUAUAAGCAAAGAAGUCUUAUUAAGCAACCUUGGAAAAUGUAAGAAUCUGUUUAUUCAUUGCCUGCAAACCACUGACUCUCACCAAAUAUAAUUACAACACUGUUCCAUUCUUCA